GGUAACACGGUCCUCACGGCGGACUCCGCUCAUCUUUUCUCCUCUCGCAUCAUGGAAAUUGAUAAAAAAACAGCUGUGGUACGUCGCUCAACGUUACUUUUUCGCCAUCCUUCCCUUCUGUCCUUCUUUUAGCUUAUAACUUCACCUCUGGUGUCUUUUUUUUUCAGACACGGUUUCAGUAAUAAAAAAAACAAGCCGUCUGGUUGUAACUUAACUGUUCUGGGAGGCGGUCGUGUUUCUUUUGAUGGAGAAUUUUGAAUCGAUGGUGAAGAAGUUGAAGUCAGGCUGGUUCUGAACGUGCUCGACCCGUUUCCCCCUGCGCCCCAAGCCAGAACCAUCAUGGCAGCGGGAGUAGCGGCAUGGCUUCCGUUUGCUCGGGCAGCGGCGAUCGGCUGGAUGCCUGUGGCCAACUUGCCCAUGCCGGUCGCCCCAACCGAAAAGAACAAGAGGCAGGACGAGCUCAUAGUCCUUAAUGUCAGCGGACGGCGCUUCCAGACCUGGAGGAACACGCUGGACCGCUAUCCGGACACACUGCUCGGCAGCUCGGAGAAGGAGUUCUUCUACAAUGAAGACACUAAAGAGUACUUCUUUGACCGUGACCCUGACAUGUUCCGCAGUGUGCUCAACUUCUAUCGUACUGGCAAGCUCCACUAUCCACGAUGUGAGUGCAUCUCCUCUUAUGAUGAGGAGCUGGCUUUCUUUGGCAUCGUCCCAGAGAUUAUAGGGGACUGCUGCUAUGAAGAGUACAAGGACAGGAAGAGGGAGAAUGCAGAACGUCUCAUGGACGACCAGGAGGACAAUAAAGAUGCCAAGCUGCCCAACAUGACUUUCAGGGAGACCAUGUGGCGGGCUUUUGAGAACCCUCACACUUCCACUAUGGCUCUGGUUUUCUACUAUGUCACUGGUUUCUUCAUUGCUAUUUCUGUCAUGACCAAUGUGGUAGAGACGGUGCCCUGCGGCUCAUCGCCCAACAUGAAGGAAGUGCCAUGUGGCGAGCGCUACACUGUGGCCUUUUUCUGCAUGGACACAGCCUGUGUGAUGAUCUUCACAGUGGAGUACCUGAUGCGCCUCUUUGCUGCACCCAACCGCUAUCGCUUCAUGAGGUCUGUCAUGAGCAUCAUCGACGUGGUGGCCAUCCUACCCUAUUACAUCGGGCUGGUGAUGACCGACAAUGAGGACGUGAGCGGGGCUUUUGUGACCCUGCGGGUUUUCCGGGUAUUCCGUAUCUUUAAAUUCUCCCGGCACUCACAGGGCCUGCGCAUUCUUGGCUACACGCUGAAGAGCUGUGCCUCGGAGCUGGGCUUCCUGCUCUUCUCCCUCACCAUGGCCAUAAUUAUCUUUGCAACUGUCAUGUUCUACGCAGAGAAGGGUUCAACCUCCAGCAAAUUCACCAGCAUCCCGGCAUCCUUUUGGUACACCAUCGUUACUAUGACAACGCUCGGAUAUGGAGACAUGGUCCCAAAGACGAUUGCAGGGAAGAUCUUUGGCUCAAUCUGCUCUCUGAGUGGGGUGCUGGUAAUUGCCCUUCCUGUCCCUGUUAUCGUGUCCAACUUUAGCCGCAUCUAUCAUCAAAACCAGAGAGCAGACAAGCGUCGAGCGCAGAAGGUUCAGAAAGCUCGCCUGGCAAGGAUACGACUUUCAAAAACAGGAAGCUCAAAUGCCUUCCUCCACAGCAAGCGCAACGGCUUGUUCAAUGAAGCUCUUGAGCUCACGCAACUUCCAUACAAGAUGAACCUUUCAGAUCAGGGUUCCAAUGAGGAGGAGAAGCGUUUAAGCAAAUCUACCUCUCUAAUAGAGAGCCAGCACCACCACCUGCUGCACUGUCUGGAGAAAACCACAAACCAUGCGUUUGUGGAUGAGCAGUAUUAUCAGCAGAGCUACUUGGAGGCGGGGCUGCAGAACUAUCCGUCUCAAAGCCCCUCGCUGUCCAGCCAAGAUGGUGUGACGGGGACAUGCUGCACCCGGCGAACCAAGAAACAACAUCACACCCCUUUACCGAACGCCAGUGCUCCACCACACAUGCAGCCUUUAAAACACACACACACACACCCACAAGGCUUGCAGGAGCUCAGCACCAUCCACAUCCAGCCCCUAAGUUCCAGCCGCUCGAGUCUAAACAUGCGCGUAGAAGAGUCAUCUCCUUUGAACUGCCAGAGCAGCCAGAUCACAACAGCAAUCAUCAGCAUUCCCACACCACCAGUGACGACUCCGGAGGGCGACGCUCACUUACCCGCAGCUCCCACCUUUCAAAAUGUCGUGAAGGUGUCUGCGCUGUGAAGCCUAGACUGCAGCAGCACCACAAAAUAAGGCAGGGAAAGACUCAGAAACAGACUGUGAAGGACUGACAAUAAUGGAAAGGGCUUUCAGAGACAUAAUCUAGCCCUGGUGGAGCCUGCCCUCUGCUGGUCAUGUGUUACAGACUCCCUGUAGACACAGAAGAUGGAUUUCAGACGUUGUAUCUUCAUGUUAGUGGUCGGCAGAUGUGUGUUCGUUUGUGAGUGUGUGAGUAAAAUAACAAGAAAGCCUAAUAGGAAAUCAUUUAGGAUGAGGACUGGACCAUAUCCUGGAGUUACUGAUCUGUCACUGUGCACAAAAGCACCUUUUUAUAUAAUUUAUGCUUGAGUUUAACUCAUUUUGGGCAGGAAAUACAAUGGGGAAAUUGGGAAAACUGAAAGGUAAUGGAAAAAAACAACAAAAAAACCAAAUCAUCCCCUACUGCUUAAUGCCUUUAAAAUAAAGUACUGCCCUUUUCAGCCAUUUUGGUCCUCUAACCUCCUUUUCAGGUUGAGCAUUAUUCCACUUUAGUAUAAAUUCUUAAAAACCCAAAAAGCAGUAGGUGUCUGUGCGAUGGCGAUACCAGUGAGUGUUUGUGAAUGAGUGUUUGUAACUUUAAGAUAGAUUGUAAGUUGUUCUGUUUCUGAGAAGAGCUGUGUGUGUGAGUGAAUUUGUGUGUGUUUCUCUCAGUUGAUUGAAAACUUGUAUUUCAGUUUUUCUGGAAGUAUCUAUGGCUCAGUAUAUGAUAUAUAUGACUAGCUGCCACUCCAAAGGGUUCUUUGCACAUAUUUCUGUCAAAAAAUUCUCAAUUGCAAGGGUUUCACAAAGUUUGUGCUUAGUUGUCAGGACUAAAUAGUGUUGUUUUUUUUUAUAUUUGAAUUACUUACCAUUUAUUUUGGCUCCAUUAGCCCAAAUGGCCUUGAGAAAUCCAAUUUAUUUUACAAAUGAACCAAAAAAAGCUUACUUUGAAUCCUAAUCUCCACAAUGAAAAGCACAAGGCAUUUGCUGAGAAUUUGCUGAGAAAAAUCUGCCCUGAGCCCAUAAUCUUUGUGAACAUUGUUAAUAGAAUAUUUUGUAAUAUUUGACCAUCGUUUGGCAGAAGCAGUGAAUCUGUCCUCUUGUUCUCGCUCUCCUCUCUACAUUCUUCUCUCUCUCUUGUUGUUGUCCUGUUGUGUCCCUGACUACUGUGUGAACAACAAUAUGCUUUCGGCCGUUUUUAUAGCUGUUAACGUUUUUUUUCUUCCCUAAACUCAGCGAGCAUUUUUCAGAGUUGUUGAGUAUAUGUACGUACUCUGUGUUGUUAGCAAACUUGGUGUUUGUACUUUUUGUCCUCGAUGUUUUAAAGGAUUUAUUUUAUACUUUUCCUUUUGGAGACAUUAAAGUACGGAAAUCUGUUGUAAAAAUUACCACAGGGACAUAAAGGAUACUAGAUUAACAUAAUUUAGCAGAUCUCCAACCAAGACAUAUGCUGGUAUGUCUGCCUGCCCAACCACCCGAAUCCCCCACCCCACUAAUAGGAAUAUUUAUACCUUAAUAUUAAUAUUACUCCCUGAUAAAGUCAGUCCUUGUAACUAAUGAAGAUACCUUUAUCCCACCCUGAAUUCACUCUUUUUGGCCUUUUCUUUUUCCCUCUUGAGUGUCAUUUUAGUUCUGUCCAUUCUGUCUUCAGAACAAUGAGAUCCCUGUCUGGAGCAGCUACCGUCACAGCAGACUAACCAACAACCUCUGUAAGUUAAGGGCAUAUGCCAUAAUUUUAUGUCAUUUAGACCUUUUCAAUUUUGUUUGCUUACGAUUGUUGUGUUCAUUUCCAUUGCCAUUGUCAAGAAACAUCUUUUUUUGCAAUUUUUCUUUAGUUGUGUUUUUGACUCAAAAUUACCAUAGUUGUAGUCAUUUCAAUUUCCAAAGUUGAGAAAUAUGCGGAACAGCCUGAAAGAAAGUGUUCACAAGGCAGUUAAGAAUGCAACUGAAAGUCUCACUUUCCUACACAUAGUUUGUGUUUUACUCGUAAGGAUUUCACUGUUCUACAAUAAUGUAGCUAUACACAAUUUGUCCGUCAGAAAGGUCUUUAUCAAGAAAAUAAUCCGUUUCCUGUAUUCAACAGUAAGUAUUCACAUUCUCGGGAUCAAAAUCUGUCAUGCCACUCAAACUUAAUAAGUUUGUCCACGGUUGUUAUUUUGCAACAAGUAUUGUUUUGUCAGAGAAAUCCCUUCAAGCUAAUGUUUGGUGGUUAUAUGAAAUAUAUAUACUGAUUAAAAAAAUCUGAUUUUAAUUUGGCUCAGUCACUAAGAAAAAGUCAAGUCGGGGCUGUAGCUAAUUAUUGUGGGUGAACACAGAAGAGGAUUUAUUAGAAAGGGCAGUUAAUUGAUGUAUGUUCAUAUUAUAGUGCAGCAAUCCAGGGACAUCAGCAACAAUUUUGUACUGACAGUACACACAGAAAAAGCAAAACCAAUAAUGAAAGAAUUCACUUUCUAAGUUGAGAAACUUUGUUCACAACCAAAGUAGAUGAUCUGGCUGCUGACUCUUCUAGAGCCGUCUGUUGUCAUAUCGUCGUGUAGCAUGACCUUCUUUCACUUGAAGCCAAGAUCUCACUUGUUUCAUUAUCCUGGGGCGAAAAACUGUUUUUGGUGGGUGAUCAGAAAUCUUCUUUUUACCUAUUUUCUUUGGGGAAUGUAUGAGUGCUCACUCCAUUGUUUUCGUGUUGCCAAUAAGCAACCAGUAGUGUUUUUUUUUUUUUGUCAAGAAACUGUUUUUUUUUUGAGGUUCCACGUGGAGCAUUAUUAUAAAAAAAAAAACAAUAUCGCUCAAAAAAAUUAAAGAAACACUUUGAGAGUACAUCAGAUCUCAACUGAGAAAAGUCAUGCUGAAUAUGCAUACUGGUAUAGAAAGGCUAAUGUGUUAGGAACAAAAGGACGCCACGUAGGUAGAUGAAAAUGAUCAACCCACAGAGGGCUUAAUCUGACGUCAAUGAGAAAUUUAAACUGAAUAACUGAUGCAGCAGGCCAGUCCAAUUUCCUGAAAUAUCAUUUCAGCAACUCAAAAUGGUACUCAGUAGUUUGUCUGGCCUGGAUGCAUGCUUGACGAUGUCGGGACAUGCUCCUUAUGAUAUAACAAAUGGUGUCCUGGGGUAUCUCCUCCCAGAUCCUGACCAGAGCAUCACUUAGGUUCUGGACAGUCUGAGGUGCAACCCGAUAGUGUCAGAUAGGCCUAAACGUGAUGUCCCAGAGAUGUUCUAUUGGAAUUUGGUCAGUGGAGCAAGGAGGCUAGUCAAUUGUAUCAAUUCCUUCAUCCUCUAGGAAUUGCCUGCAUACUCUUUAACAUGAGGCCAGCACCAGGAGGAACCCAGGACCCACUGCACCAUCAAAGGGCCUAACAAUGGGUCUCAGAAUUUAAUUCCAAUCCCUAAAGACAGUCAGGGAGCCAUUGUUUAUCCUGUACAGGUCUGUACGUCCCUCCGUGGAGAUUGGGUCGUCCCAUUGUUGCCCCUUUAGCGCACCUGUUGUUGAUUUUAUUAACACCAAAACAGCUGACACUGAUUAACAACCCCCUCUACUACUUAACUGACCAGAUCAGAAGUUUCAGUGGCUUGAUAUAUUCUGAUUGAAAAGUGUUCCUUUAAUUUUUUUUAGCAGUGUAUAUUGAUUCCCUUGUAGAGGGGUAGGCUCCAAAAGCUAUUUUUCUGUCAGCAAAGUGUGCUUUGAAAUAACUUUCUGCUUCAAAAAACAGGUGAACUGCUGAUUGUAUUUUUUUUCUAUUUUCUAUUUUCAAAAUCUUUAGGCCUUCUGACUUUAAAGUAUGCAGUUUACCUUUAAACAUGGUGAUUAAGAGCACACAGACUGAGCUACAGAUGCAUCAGUGUGCCAUUUUGAAAGCAAUACUAAAACUGGUCUAAUAUCUGCACUUCUGUAGUGUUUUUUUCUUUUUCUGCAGCUGUGAACACUACAAAGUGUCAUAUUAGAGCAUUACUUUGAGAAAUGUUAAGGUCAGCUUGACUCCCCUGUUAUUCUACAAUUCUCACUCAUCCAGAGGUUAGUAAAAACCCAAAGAAAGCUACAAUUAUUCUACAAAACUGCACCAAAAUAUGCUUUACCUUUGAUAUUAUCUAGUACUGACCUAGUGCUACUUUUAAUGACUGCCUAGAUCCACUACUUGCAUUUAGUCACAAUGUGCAAAUUAAAAACCACAAGCACAGACGGGAUACAUUUCUGUUGUAUUUAUAAAAUGAAGGGUACAGAAAUUGACUUCACAAUAAAACGUUUCCAAUCUACUAAAUCAAAUAGAGUAGGUGAUGGCUUCUUGUUUUUGCUGCAGGGAAAACUGCUGCCUGUUUUCACAACCAGUUAUUUUGUGUCAGCUCUAUUUUUACCUAACACCAUUUCAAAUACUACGUAAGCAUAUAAUACGCUAGAAGCGUUGAAGGGUCGCAUUUUUAGUUACAAACAACAAAAAUAGGUCUGUGGUUGUGUUUGUCUGUCUCUGUUAAAUACUCUACUUUGACUGUCUCUCCUUUCUCUUUGCUUUGCCCUUCUAUGCCACCUGUUGUUGUUGAGACUACUGCUGUGCGUAUCUUGUCAUGUGUUGGAUAUUAUUUAUGACCUUGUCUUGUGUCCCAACUGUGAAACGCCUGAUAAAACAUCUAUAUCUGCCACAAAA